UGCAAUGGCUCUUCCCUUGUUCGAUACUGAUGAAUACAGGCCACCAGUAUGGAAGUCUUACUUGUACCAGUUGCAACAGGAAGCUCCUCAUCCAAGAAGAAUUACUUGUACAUCUGAGGUGGAGAACAGACCAAAAUACUAUGGACGAGAGUUUCAUGGGAUGAUAUCAAGAGAGGAAGCAGAUCAAUUAUUGAGCGUAGCAGAGGGAAGUUAUCUCAUUCGUGAAAGCCAACGGCAGCCUGGAACAUACACUUUGGCUUUAAGGUUUGGAAAUCAAACCAGAAACUUCAGACUCUACUAUGAUGGAAAACACUUUGUGGGAGAGAAACGUUUCGAGUCCAUCCAUGACCUGGUGACAGACGGAUUGAUCACCCUUUAUAUUGAAACCAAGGCAGCAGAAUACAUUGCCAAGAUGACCAUAAAUCCAAUUUAUGAACACAUAGGAUAUACAACUUUAAACCGAGAGCCAACGAACAAGAAACAUACAGUGGCUGUGAGAGAUACGCUUGAUGGGAAAGAGCCAACAGGAGAUAAUGAAAUUGUUGAAAAAAGGCUGACGUCGCUUGUCCGAAGAGCAACUCUGAAGGAAAAUGAACACGUUCCAAAGUAUGAGAAGGUUCACAGUUUCAAGGUUCACACAUUCAGGGGGCCGCACUGGUGUGAAUAUUGUGCCAACUUUAUGUGGGGCCUCAUUGCUCAGGGAGUGAAAUGUGCAGAUUGUGGCUUAAACGUUCACAAGCAGUGUUCCAAGAUGGUCCCCAAUGACUGCAAGCCAGACCUGAAGCAUGUCAAAAAAGUGUACAGCUGCGAUCUGACCACGCUAGUGAAAGCACACUUCACAAAGAGGCCAAUGGUUGUAGAUAUGUGCAUUAGGGAGCUUGAAUCUAGAGGACUCAAUUCUGAAGGACUCUACAGAGUGUCUGGAUUCAGCGAACUAAUUGAAGAUGUCAAAAUGGCUUUUGACCGAGAUGGGGAAAAAGCAGACAUUUCUGUGAAUAUGUAUGAAGAUAUCAAUAUUAUCACAGGUGCACUUAAACUAUACUUCAGGGAUUUGCCAAUUCCACUCAUCACAUAUGAUGCCUACCCAAAGUUUAUAGAAUCUGCAAAAACUAUGGAUCCUGAUGAACAGCUGGAAAUACUUCAUGAGGCACUGAAACUGCUGCCACCAGCGCACUGUGAAACAUUACGGUAUCUCAUGGCGCAUUUAAAAAGGGUAACGCUUCAUGAAAAGGAGAAUCUCAUGAACGCAGAAAACCUUGGCAUCGUUUUUGGACCAACGCUUAUGCGAUCGCCAGAGCUGGACGCCAUGGCCGCCUUGAACGACAUCCGUUACCAGAGACUUGUGGUGGAGAUGCUUAUAAAGAAUGAAGAUAUUUUAUUUUGAACUUCUGGCCUGCGAGGUGGUGUGCGCACGAGAGUGUUUUUUAAAAAAUGGACAUUGGCGAAAAUUCCGCGGAUGAUGAAGGAAUAUUUGGAAGUAAUUGAGCCAGCUGCCCUAGCUGAAUUCCUUAAUGUGAGGUGUUGUUGUAUGAAAGAUGCUUAAUUGCGUUGCUUCUGUGGCUCCAUUCCAGACAAUGCUGGGGAAAAUUUAAGACAUUCUCUACUUUCCUGUCCUAGUAAUUUCAGUGUUUCUUCAGGAUACAGGAAACCUCGAGCUUAUAUGAUCUGCUCCCUGCUGUCCCGCUUUUGCGCGGCUUGUGCUACAAAGGAUACAACAAACGAACAGCACUGCAUCUGUGUUCUGGAGUAGUCUGUGGUUGUACUUUUGGCAUGUUUCACAGUGUAACUCUGUUGUGGGUUCGUUUUUAUGUUUUGUAUAGGUUUCAGAGAGGAAAUCCGACUGUGGGUGAAACAGAGCCUCUAGAUGUUAAUUCACUGUGUUAUUCUCUUUCCUGCUUUGCAGGAUAAUUUCAUCUUAGGUUCUAUAACUUUUUGGGGGUUUUGGUAGUACAUUUUCUUGUGCCAAAAAUGAUUUCGAGUGCCACUUUUAAGUAAUGCCUGUUCUUAUGGCUCCAGUUGAAGAGGGCAACAUUGAAUGAGUGAAGAUGGAUUUGUUGUUGUUUUUAAACUGUCGUUUUGUAUUUUUAUUGGGCAUGCAUAUUAAUUUAUUAAAGUUUUACCUUAGAACCUUAUGAAA